AUAUAUAUACACACAUUCAUCAUCAUCAUUGUCUGACGCUCCAUUCCACUCUCUCAAGCAAUCUCAACAAAAUUCUCGGAGAAAUUUAAUUGCCGAACCAAUUUUUUAUUUUUAUUUUUUAUUUAUGUUUUAUGUUUUUUUUUUUCUUCAACUCUCAGAUCUGCCCACAUUUCAUGUUCGAUUGAUUUUGAUUCAGGGGGAAAAAAAUCGGCAAGAGAAUCUGGAUAAUCGGUGGAAAUUUUGAGAGAUUCAAUCGCGUCGGAUUGCGGUUGAUUUUGGCUUGCAGGAAGCGCGUUGAUGUGUUGCGUCGAUUUUAAUUUUCAUCAUAUUUUGUGGAAGAAGUAGAUCUUAGAAAAUUGGCUCCCCAAAAGAGAACGAUGCGCCACGGGGGUGGCCAGAUGCAACAGAGCGGCGGGGCUGCAGCCACCGCUCUGUACGAGAAUGGUGGACCAGGGGUGUCCGGCGGAGAUGCAGGGGAUGCUGUUAUGGCACGGUGGCUCCAGUCUGCCGGAUUGCAGCAUCUGGCCUCUCCAAUGGCGUCCAAUCCAGUGGAUCACCGCAUGCUCCCUAAUCUCCUAAUGCAGGGCUAUGGACCACAGUCUGCAGAAGAGAAACAGAGACUUUUCAAAUUAAUGAGGAAUCUCAACUUUAAUGGUGAAACUGUGUCCGAGCCUUAUACCCCAAGUGCCCAAAGUUCAGGUGCAUUUGCUCCAUCAGAGGGAUUUUAUUCUCCGGAAUUCAGGGGGGAUUUUGGAGCUGGACUUCUGGAUCUACAUUCUAUGGAUGACACAGAGCUCUUAUCUGAUCAUGUUAUCUCAGAGCCAUUUGAGCCAUCACCUUUCAUGCCUGCUGUGACUAAAGCCUUUGAAAGUGACAUUGAUGCGGUAACCAGCAGGCAGCAGAGAGGGCAACCAGAUGUAGAAGCUGCUGCUGGAUUACCUGCCAACGAGAAAGAAAACAGCACAAGAGAAAAUAACGUUGCUAAGAUUAAAGUUGUGGUUCGCAAGAGGCCUUUAAACAAGAAGGAAAAUGCUCGCAAAGAGGAUGAUAUAGUGACCGUGCAUAAUGAUGCCUACUUAGCUGUCUAUGAACCCAAAUUAAAGGUUGACCUGACUGCAUAUGUGGAGAAACACGAGUUCUGUUUUGAUGCGGUUCUAGAUGAGUAUGUGACGAAUGAUGAGGUAUACCGUAACACUGUGGAACCAAUUAUACCCACUAUUUUUCAACGUACCAAAGCGACAUGUUUUGCAUAUGGUCAAACAGGAAGUGGCAAGACGUACACCAUGCAGCCAUUACCUCUGAGAGCAGCAGAAGACCUCGUUAGAUUGCUGCAUCAGCCAGUUUAUCGCAAUCAAAGAUUCAAAUUGUGGCUUAGCUAUUUUGAGAUAUACGGGGGAAAGCUUUACGAUCUUUUGAGCGACAGGAAGAAAUUAUGUAUGAGAGAAGAUGGUAGACAACAAGUUUGCAUUGUCGGACUGCAGGAGUUUGAAGUCUUAGAUGUGCAUAUCGUGAAGGAGUAUAUUGAGAGGGGAAACGCAGCUAGAAGUACCGGUUCUACUGGUGCUAAUGAAGAGUCUUCAAGAUCGCAUGCCAUUUUGCAACUGGUUGUGAAGAAACACAGUGAGGUGAAAGAAUCUAGGAGGAAUAACAAUAAUAAUAAUAAUGAUGUAAAUGAAUCCAGGAAUGGGAAGGUCGUUGGCAAGAUAUCUUUUAUUGAUCUUGCUGGCAGUGAGAGAGGUGCCGACACCACAGAUAAUGAUCGACAAACACGAAUUGAGGGAGCAGAAAUCAACAAAAGUCUAUUGGCACUGAAGGAGUGUAUUCGCGCUCUUGACAAUGACCAGAUUCACAUCCCAUUCCGUGGGAGCAAACUUACUGAGGUGCUUCGGGACUCCUUUGUUGGCAAUUCAAGAACAGUGAUGAUUUCUUGUAUUUCUCCGAAUGCUGGUUCGUGUGAGCAUACUCUCAAUACUUUGAGAUAUGCUGAUAGGGUUAAAAGUCUUUCGAAAAGUGGGAAUCCGAAGAAGGAUCAGGCUAGUUCAUUGCCACCUUUUGUUAAAGAUUCUUCAUCAGCUCAAACUCUGCCUGUUACUACUGAGACAGAGGAUGUUUAUGAUCAAUAUCAAGAACCUAAAGCAGUGGAUACAAGUAGAAGGGACAAGGAAACUUCAUCUUUCAAUUUUUCUACCGAUGACGAAAAACAACAACCCUCCGGUUUUUCUUCCAAUUUCAACUUUAAUGCCCGUGACGAAAGUGGCCCUGAUGUUAAAAAUGCUUACAAGGGUUCUACUAGUCAGAAGACAUUAAUACCAUCAGUUGCGUAUUCACACAGUGCAACUGAUGUAGAAGAAAAGGUUCAGAAAGUCUCUCCACCUCGGCGGAAAGCUUACAGAGAUGAGAGGCUCGAAAAGCCAGGACUUGGGCCAAGAAAAGAAACUGAUUACUCGGAAAUUCCAUCCAUUAGUUCUAAGCAUCAACACGUAAAUAAUCCUAGCACACCUAAACAUUAUGAACCUGAGCCACCUCCUGACGGGAAUAUCAAUGAGAUACUUGAGGAAGAAGAGGCCCUCAUUGCAGCUCACAGAAAGGAGAUUGAAGAUACUAUGGAGAUAGUUCGUGAAGAAAUGAAACUAUUGUCAGAAGUGGAUCAACCAGGAAGCCAUAUCGACAAUUAUGUAACGCAAUUGAGUUUUGUGCUGUCACGCAAAGCAGCUAGUUUGGUAAGUUUACAAGCUCGCCUUGCAAGGUUCCAACAUCGGCUGAAAGAGCAGGAAAUACUGAGUCGAAAGAGGGUACCCCGCUAAAGAGCAAACACUUGCGAAAACCGAUGCAACGAUAUUCUUGUUUUGCUGUACCGAUUAUAGCGUGUUACUUCUUUUACCGUCACGAAAGUCACCUGGUGAAAGUUUGUAUUUGUGAAGGAAAUGAAAAAUGAAUAGAUUUAAAAAAGAAAGAAAGAUAAGAACUGUGGAGGGAAAGUUUGUGCUUGUGGGACUAACCGAUACUCGGAUUGUGUUUUAUAACAAUGUAAUUUGAACCGUAUAGUGCUCUGCAACUAUCGCACGUCUAAUGCGAAAUUAUUUAAGUGCUGCAGCUUCAAAGCUCAAUUUUAUUGAUUAUAUUGCAUUCUCUGCUUUUGACAACUGAGUGUUUGAAUGUUUUCCGAAUCAUUUGUAGAUUCAAUUUGUGUAACAAAACAGUGUCUGAAUUAUGUGAAUGAUGAUCCGUUCUUGUUUA